AUGUUCUGUGCGGUCACCUUCGACAUAGAGAAGUCGCAUCCAGAUGUCCUCAGUUCAUCCCCAUACCCGAGCGCCUUCACCGGGGAGAAACCCAAGGGCUUUUACAUCACCAGGCUGGGCCCCCUGUGGGACUACCCUUGCAGCCCCCUGUUCAGGGGGAGGUACUUCCGGGUUGGGGAUGACGGUAACUGCACUCUGGUCAACUGCAACGGGAUUCUACCACCCGGUUCCACCGUCAGGGUGAAAUAUAUCCUCACCGAUCCGAAGACAGCAGGAUUGGUCUUGGAGUCCAAGUGGUCAAACCCCAUCGCUCUCAUAACACCCGUGCCCAACAGCAUCAUCGAUGACGGGCUCAAGGAGCACUCGGCGGAGAUGGUUGUCAUCACCGUCGUGACCUCAUGGUUGAUGGCAGCCCUGCUGCUGCUGCUGGUUGGCCUGCUGAUUGUGGACCGUUCUGGAGUCAUCAGGAGAAAGAACAUCCCUGUGAUGCUGAAGACAUACAAAAACUUUUUUGGGCAAGCCAUCAGUGAAAAUCAUUUGUAAGAGGAAAAAACGUGUAACUAUGAAAAAUCUUUUAUGGGAUUUUAAGGUGAACUUCAUUA